GGUGAAGCACAGCAGAGACCACAGGAGGCUGGGGGAGGUAGGUGACUGCUGGGACAGCAGCCCCUCUGCUGUCCAAGAGCAGGCUCUAGUUUGACAUCUCCCCCCACCACCACCCCAAACCCAGCGCUGGCAACGCUCAGCUGUCGUCUGCGGUGACAGUUGAGUGGUUUAAUACAGGAACCACAGGUGAAAGAGGUCUGAGGUUCCAGGCGGCGUUGCGGCUCCACCCCAGUGGUCCCACCCCAGCAGGCAAGGGCGGGGCCGAGGAUGCCGCGUCCGGGUUUCAUUCUAGACUAGAGGGGCACCGAGCCCAGACUCAACUCUGUCCCACCUGCACGCCGUGGCGACAUGGACGCCAGGAAGCGCGGGACCAGAAGCCGGAGAAGCCGGGACAGCCCGGUGCCCACGCCAUGCGUUCAGACCCUGUGCUUCGACCCUCUGGUGCGACACUGCGUGUCCUGUGAGCUCCUCCGCACGCCGGACCCUCCUCCGCACGCCUUCGGUCCCUCGGUCCCCCGCCCUCCAUCCGCAUCCCCUUCGCCAUCAGCGCCCGGGACAGCGCUGCAGCCGCAGGAGUCGGUGGGCAUGGGACCGGGAUCUGACGCGACCCUGCCGCUGCCCGGGCUCCUCUUCGGCGCCCCCGCGCUCCUGGGACUGGUGCUGCUGGUGGCCCUGGUGGCCCUGGUGACCUGGAGGUGGUGGCAGCAGUGCAGGAUGGCCUCCCCGGACAUCCCAGACGGAGUCCAGGAAGAGUCCCUGGACAAUGUCUUCAUGCCUUCCUCAGAAACCCUUCAUGCCUCCGCUCCCAUCUGGCCUACCCCCAAAGAAGAUGCAGACACCACCCUGCCAGGCCAUAGCAUCCCAGUGCCAGCCACAGAACUGGGCUCCACCGAGCUGGUGACCACCAAGACAGCCGGCCCUGAGGAAUAGGAGCCCUGUGGAGUUUGUGGACUCUCACCCGAGGGUUUGAAACGGAGCUCUUCAGGGACAGAGCCCAUUGCCUAGAGGGAACCCAGCAGAACCACAGACACUACAGGCCGCAGGCUCCCACCAGCAUGAGACUAUUUUUGUGCUAGCCUUUGGCUCGAGAACAUUCCAUUUUUGAGGUUCUUUUAAGCUCUUAUGCCUUCCGUGGCUGGGUAGGCUUGAGUGUUGGAUGUUAAUCUCUUCGAAGAGGUAGAGACUGGACACUUGAGCUCUUUCUACAAAAUCUGGAUGGUGGGCUGGGGAAAUGUCUCAGCAGUUAAGUUCAUGAACUGUUCUUGUAGAGAACUCCAGUUGUUCAGUUUCCCAGCAUCCAUGUCUGACAGCUCACAG